AUGGGUUUAGGGCUGCUGCACUUCGAUGGUCGCGUCGUCGACGACGAUGGACGACCCCUGCUGGAAUCCGACGACGACGAGGAGCUGAUGCAUGUUGAGCCUGGCGUCGUCGUCGCCCUCGAUUCCCGACCCAUGGAGUCGCCUGGAACUCUCUACGUCACCUCAAGGAGGGUGAUUUGGCUGAGCGACACCGACAAAGGGAAAGGGUAUGCGGUGGAUUUCUUGUCGUUGUCCCUCCAUGCUGUGUCAAGGGACCUGGAGACCUACCCCUUUCCUUGCAUCUAUACUCAGAUCGAGAUAGGCGACGAAGAUGAAGAGUCUGAAAGCUCAGAUUCAGAAAGUAAUGAUGAUUUGGAAUUGUCAAAAGUCACUGAAAUGAGACUUCUUCCUUCAGAUGCUAGAAAGUGCAUCAUAGUUAAUUAUCUUUUGAUGUUGUAAAAAGAAUAUUUGUGUAAUUUGUGGAUACGGACUUGAUGUGUACAAUAUCUAUUAUCUUUUUAUAUUGUAAGAAUAAUAUUUAUGUGUUGUUUA